UUUCUUUGGUCGUACUCUAUCUCCUUACUCCGAAAGAUACUCAAAAUUUCUCCCAAACCAUGAACGAGUAUGUCAUAGCCAAGUGCAGAUUACCAAAAAUAUAGCAACGGUCCAUGAUUAGAAGUCUCAAAUUAUUUUAUUCCCCACAGACUAAAAAGUAAAAAAAAAAAUUAAAAAGGAAAAAUAAAAAUAAAAAAGAAAGCAAAAAAGUUCAGUGUCACACACCCUCAUCAGCGAACCCCCUUUUGCUUUUUCCUUCAUUGCUGGCUGUAGCAACAUGAGUUGAAAUAAGAGCUUUAUAAUAAAAGAACGAAGAAAUAUAUUCAAAAGGGUACCCAGAAAAUGCCUUUUCAUCCGCAUUCCUUUUGAGCUUGUCAACAAUGGCCGAUGAUCUCUCUUCCUUCACCAAAGGUUUGAAGAGUUCUACGUUUGUGUGGAGGUUGGUUGUGUUGACCUUUGCAAUGGUCUGUGGCGUGUAUAUAUGUUCUAUUUGUCUGAAGCAGAUAGGCACUAGCAGCAAGAUUGGUUUUCUAGAUAUCAACGUUAUUCAAAAGCCAUGCCCAGAACCUAAAAUUGAACCUUGGGAUAUUCCUUAUGUGCACUACCCUAAUCCCAAAACUUACAGCAGGGCGGAAUGUGCUUGCCACCCUGUCCGCUAUUUUACUAUUCUGUCAAUGCAGAGAUCUGGGAGUGGAUGGUUCGAGACGUUUUUAAACAGUCAUACUAACAUAAGCUCAAAUGGGGAAAUCUUUUCGGUGAAGGUGAGAAGGAGUAAUAUGUCAACAAUUACAGAGACUCUAGAUACAAUUUAUAAUCUAGAUUGGUUAAGUAGUGCUUCAAAGAAUGAAUGCACUACUGCUGUUGGCUUAAAGUGGAUGCUUAAUCAGGGAUUGAUGCAACAUCAUGAGGAAAUUGUUGAGUACUUCAAAGUACAUGGUGUUUCGGUCGUAUUUCUUUUUAGAAGGAAUCUUUUGCGCCGGAUGAUUUCUGUACUUGCAAAUGAAUAUGAUAGGAAUACUAAGAUAUUAAAUGGAACUCACAAAUCCCAUGUUCAUUCACCCAAGGAGGCAGAAAUACUUGCAAAAUACAAGCCCACAAUCAAUACAACAUUGAUGAUUCAACAACUUAGACAAGUGAAUGAAACUACCACCAAAGCUUUGGAAUAUUUCAAGAGCACUAGGCACAUUAUCCUGUACUAUGAAGAUGUUGUAAAGAACCGCACCAAAUUAAUGGAGGUACAAGAUUUUUUGAAGGUUCCUAUAAUGGAUUUAAAGAGUCGUCAGGUGAAGAUACAUAAAGGAUCCUUAUCUAGCCAAGUUGAAAAUUGGAAUGAUGUAAGCAAGGCACUAACAGGGACACCAUUCGAAAAUUACCUCCGUGAAGAUUAUCGUAGGUAAAUUGCUGGGUAUGUACAUACCACGUUUUGCCUUUUUUUUUUU